GGUACGAGGUUCUGUUAGAAAUGGACGACACACUUCAGCUCGCGGACGGCGGAUUCACAAAGAAUGUGGCUCGAUCCGGAAGAAGAGCUCGUCAGGCUGCAGAGAUUGUAGACUCUCGUCAGAGGAGAUCAUCUUCAUCACUCACCACUGCAACAGAGGGGCCGCCACCUAAACCAGCUCGCCGACAGGGAGGAUGGGCAGAGGAGAGCACAGGAACUGCAUCGGCCAAAUCAGGAAGACGAUUGGCUGCUGAAGAGCUGGAGGACCAUCGGUUGAGGCCGCAGACCCCCGAAGGCUCUGACAAUGAAAGUGAUAUCCCAGUGAUUCCAGACCUUGAGGAGGUUCAGGAGGAAGAUCUCACCAUGCAGAUAGCUGCUCCACCCAGUAUCCAGGUGAAUAGAGUGAUGACCUACAGAGAUCUGGACAAUGACCUCAUGAAGUAUUCUGCUUUUCAGACACUGGAUGGAGAAAUUGACCUGAAGCUGCUCACGAAGGUUUUAGCCCCAGAGCAGGAGGAGGAUGUUGGCUGGGAUUGGGAUCAUCUGUUCACAGAGGUCUCGUCUGAACUCCAGACGGAAUGGGAUCAAGGAGAGCGUGAGGAGCAGUCUCCACUUCCUGUGAGCUGAGAAUAGACUUACUGUAUGUGUUUGUACACUCAAGGAUUGUUCACAUUGAAUGUGUUUCGUAUAAAAUCAUAACAACUUUAAAUAAAUAUCUGUAAAUAAUGCACAACAUUAUAAACACUCUUGCUAGAAUACUGAUCUUUACUUCAGAUAAUAAAGCUCUUUACUGUAUUGGUCAAUUUUAAAAGGGUCAUGACAUGAACAUUUGUUUGUUUUUUAAUUAUUAUUAUUAUUGUCUUCCUUGAGGUUCACUUAUAAUGUUAGUAAAGGUGUUUUUUUUUUUUUUUUUUUGCACAAAAAACAGUCAUAAUGUAGUAUUGCAUGAGCUUUUUUUACCCUGUGUUUAGCCCUCUGAAACGCUUGUUUUUCUGUGUACUUCACCUUUAAGACUCGCCCAUUGUUAUGAUUGGCUAAUGUCAUUGAAAAGCAAAUGCCCUCCCACCAUUACAGGUGUGGAAUUGUAUUUUCCAUGAACGGAAACUUUGCAAGCGAUUUACAAAAUCCACUAAAAGCACUCAGUCCACGCAAUCAUUGAUAUGAACUUAUGAAUAUUUGUCCCAAUUUAUGUAAAGCACACAGUCAAUCUACAACAGUUGAUCGACUGAAAUAUCAAUAGAAAACUGAACAAAAUUG